AUGGACAGAGAGCAUCCAGAUCGAGGAAAUCGACUCUACAGGACUCACGCACGCUCCGCUUCUUGGACGCUAGCUCGCAACGCGUCGGGUCUCGUCACGACACUGGAACCACUUCGCACAGCAUUUGUAGAGCUGACGGGCCUUUCUGCCGCCACCACACACUCUACACACGGUGGAGGACAGUCACAACCCGUCACACCAGCAUAUUCUUCUACAACGUCACCAUUUGAGAGUCUUGAACAAGUCGCUUAUCCUUCCACUUCAUCCAACGGAUCUCUCGCACACAGACGCAGUGACUCAGCAGCGUCUUUGUCAUCUCCUUCGUAUCAUCUUCCCGUUCCGGCUUCGUCGUUGGGCAGUGCGCCUGUUCGUAGUUCGAGCUCACCGAAUUUUGAGUAUGAAACGGUUGCUGUAGAGCCUAGAGAUCAGAACAGCGAAGGAGAAGAGGCCGGUGUUGAAGUGCGACUGGUUGUACGAUGGCUACAGAGAAUCAUUCCCUUCUUGCUGAUCUUCUUAGUCAAAGUAUUUUGGGAUCACCGACUAGGUGUGUGUGUGUUUGUUGGGUUGUGGUUCAUGUUUGCUCAAACCAACAGACUGAUCAAACAGCAAGUGUCUUUACAGGAUCGAUGCCAAAUAUUCGAAGUUGUAAAAGUCAUUGUUUUGCUGUCGGGCAACAUUUUCUUUAUUUAUUAUGUCUUCCAUUCACAGCAGUUGUACAAAUGUUUAAUUUUUCAAAAGCCAUAUCUUUAUCUUGACAUGUGGAACAUCAUGUGGAGUUUAGGAAUAACCGACUUUGUAAUUCGUUUUGUAACUAUGGUACUCAAGUGUUUAGUCCUCUGUAUGUGUAAACAGUGUUUGCCAGCAAGAAAGAAGGGCAGAUAUUACAUGUUGCUGGAGCAGAUAUCUCAGAGUUACCGGAUGUUGAUUCCGAUAAUAAUUUGGGUUUCAUUCUUUUUUUCGUAUCACGACAACGCCAGCUUGCUUCUUGCGAUUAUCUUUGUUGUGCUUUAUGCUCUGCUAAAGGGUGCUGCUGUGUAUGAAAAACUGAAUGAGCUCAAAUUAGCAAUAGCAGCUUUUCGUCAAGAUCGGCAAUAUGGCGUACGACCAAGUAAAGAGCAGCUUGCUGUCGCUGGUGGAAGUUGCCCUAUUUGUCAAGACGAUUUAACCGAGCCAAUUUCUCUCCACUGCAAGCACAUUUUUUGCGAGGCCUGUAUUGCGAUGUGGUUUGAUCGAGAGCGGACGUGUCCUUUGUGUCGUGCUGCCAUUGCAGUGGACCCUCUGUGGAGAGAUGGGUCGACAACUAUGGCAAUGCAAUUAUUCUGACCUUACAGAAGGAUAUUUGUGAUAAAACUGUAAUUAACUAACCUGUUCUGAUUAAUCAUCAAUUCGACAUUCUGAAGAUAUUAAUACAUUAAUGUAUUGACUAUG